AUGGCGGACCAAGAAGAACAACAAACUUUUUGGAGUGCCGAAACCGACUUUAACUUAAAUGUGGAGAGCCCGGAGGGUGUUGAAACAAGUCCAGACAGUCCUGGUGUGACUGACGUAGUUGAAGACGAUGAAACCAUUCAAGAAAAUGAUGCUGAAGCUCCCGUGGAGCGACUGGACUCUGCUGCUGUUGAAUUCGAAAAAGAACUAUUUCUUGAAGAAGUGAGAAAAUACAGGUGUCUAUGGGAUAUAAACUCUGAGGCAUACAAAAACAGACCAAUUAAACAGAAUGCGUGGGCCAAGAUUGGAACCGUAUUCAGCAAAGAUGGUGAGAUUUAUAUAUAG